AAUCUGUUUCAAUGGAACGUAGGGAUGAAUGCAUCCAUCUUCAAAAUAAUACCGCUAAUUGGAUUUCUGGUGGAUUCGGAUCUAUAUUUACAGCUACAGUAUUUGGAUCAAUGGUUGGAUUAACG